UUGUAGUCCACUCUUGAUUUGACAGUGGUGCAAGCGAUUCACACGGAUUUUUAUGGUCGUGAUUUUGGGAUAUUCGUUAAAUGUGAUCAAGCCAUUAAGUUAAUUUAAAAAUCCGAAACAUUAAAUUUGAGGAAGAUGCAGGAUGACGCGCGCUACCUCAAACGCAAAGUGACUGCGGGCAGUUUAGAUGUUCAUCCCACGGAGAAGGCCCUCGUGGUCCACUAUGAGGUGGAGGCGUCGAUACUGGGAGAGGGUGGAGGUCACAUGCUGGGCGAACGCAAGGAGGGACAGAAAAUUAUCCGUGUGAAAAGUCUCUCUCCCAGCACAGAUGUGGGAGCUUUGGCCCAGAAAGUGGUGGAGGAGUGUAAGCUCAUCCCUCCUUCCCGUUUGCCUCAGGUGGAGCAGCUUCUUUACUACCUGCAGAACAGGAAAUCCUCCCCAGUGGAGGGCAAAGCGGAGAAGAAAGAGAGAAGAACUGUGAAACCCAGAGAGCUGACACCGUUUGAAGGAAUGGAGGUGAAUGAGGAAGCCAGUAUCACCAGAGUGGACGAGUAUGUCGAGCUGCUCUAUGAAGGAAUCCCAGAGAAGAUCAGAGGCUCGUCUCUCAUCCUGCAGCUCGCCCGUAACCCUGACAACCUGGAGGAGCUGCUGCACAACGAGGCAGCUCUUGGUGCUCUGGCCAGAGUGUUGAGGGAGGACUGGAAACAGAGUGUAGAGCUGGCUACCAUCAUCAUUUACAUCUUCUUUUGCUUCUCUAGUUUCUCCCAGUUCCAUGGCGUGGUGAGUCACUAUAAGAUCGGUGCGUUGUGUAUGAGCGUGGUGGAACAUGAGCUGAAGAGACACGAUGUCUGGUGUGAGGAGCUCCGCAAGAAAAAUAAAGCUUGUGAGUCAGCGCCAGAGAACGGCUCCCUGAGACGAGACCAAGACAAAGCUCUGAGGAAAUACCAAGGCCUCCGGGCCAAACAGGAGCAGCUGCUCAGAGUGUCUCUCUACCUGCUGUUGAACCUUGCUGAGGACACGAGGACGGAGCUGAAGAUGAGGAACAAGAACAUCGUCGGCCUCUUGGUCAAAGUUCUGGACCGCGACGAUGAGGAGCUGCUGGUGCUGGUGGUUUCAUUCCUCAAGAAACUGUCCAUCUUCCUGGAGAACAAGAACGACAUGGCUGAGGUGGACACUGUAGAGCGACUGGCUCACCUGGUUCCCUGUGAGCACGAGGAUCUGUUAAACCUGACCCUGCGUCUGCUGCUCAACCUCUCCUUCGACUCCGGACUCAGAGCCAAGAUGGUGGAAGUUGGACUGUUACCUAAACUGACGGCGCUGUUGGGUGAUGAAAACAACCGGCAGGUGGCCAUGCGUAUCCUGUACCACAUCAGUAUCGACGACCUCUUCAAGGGCAUGUUUGUUUACACUGACUGCAUUCCUCAGCUCAUGCAAAUGCUGUUCGAGUGCAGUGAGGAAGAGAUUGAAGCUGAGCUCAUCUCCAUCUGCAUCAACCUGGCUGCGAACAAGAGGAACGCAGAGGUCACCUGUAAAGGGAAAGGGUUGAAGAUGCUGAUGAAGAGAGCUCUGAAGACGAAGGACUGCCUUCUGAUGAAGAUGAUCAGAAACAUCUCGCAGCAUGACGGUCCAACCAAAGCACUGUUCAUAGACUACGUGGGCGACCUGGCAGCAGAGAUCCGGGCCGACGAAGAGGAGGAGUGGGUUCUGGAGUGUCUGGGGACCCUGGCCAACCUCACCAUCCCCGACCUGGACUGGGAGCUGGUGCUGAAGGAGUACAACCUGGUACCGUACCUCAAAGACAGACUCAAGCCAGGCUCAGCAGAGGACGACCUCAUCCUGGAGGUGGUGAUAAUGAUCGGGACGGUUUCCAUGGACGACGCCUGUGCCGCCAUGUUGGCUAAAUCUGGCAUCAUUCCCGCCCUCAUCGAGCUGCUGAACGCUCAACAGGAGGACGAUGAGUUUGUGUGUCAGAUCGUCUACGUCUUCUAUCAGAUGGUUUUCCACCAAGCCACCCGAGACGUCAUCAUCAAAGACACGCAGGCCCCCGCCUACCUGAUCGACCUGAUGCAUGACAAGAACGCUGAGAUCAGAAAAGUGUGCGACAACACGCUCGACAUCAUCGCUGAGUACGACGAAGAGUGGGGGAGGAAGAUUCAGUCAGAGAAGUUCCGUUUCCAUAACAACCAGUGGUUGGAGAUGGUGGAGAGUCGUCAGGCUGAUGAGUCUGAGACGUAUCUCUAUGACAACGACAAUGACAGGACCGAUCUAUUCUACAGCGCAGAUGGAAUAACUCCAGGAGACGGUUCGGUCAGCCCAGACUUCUUCAGUGACCUUCAGGCUCAGAAUGGAGACUCGCACCACACAGGAGACGAUAAAGACGCGUUCGACCAGACCAGCUCGUCGCCUGGACGACCAGCCACUGCGUACGGCUUCAGACCCGACGAGCAGCCCUUCUAUCAGUACUCAUAGACACACACACACACACACACACACACACACACACACACAGUCAUCUUAGACUCAUCUCAACACUUUAGAUCGCCUUAUCUCGUAACACAGAGUGUGUAAUACUGAUAGAGACUGACUGCAGGCUUUAAACUAGUUAUUAAACAAACCGCGGUUUCACACGUUCAUCCUUAAAUGACCCAUUUCAUUCAUCGACUCAGCAUCAUGUUCAACAGAUAAGUAGUGAAGUCUUCCGUACUGGCCGCAGAUGUCGACUUCCUGCGGGUCGGCAGAUAUUAUAAAGAAUGUGAACACAUUUCACGUCUCUGAUGAUUUGUGUUGAUAAGUUUCUGCAUGUUUUCUUAUGUAAUGAUCAAUAUUUGUUGCCUCCUCGAAUCCACUGCAGAUGUUUUCUUACAUUCCACUGAAUUGUUUUCAAAGGGUCAAAGUUUCACAGUCAUUUCAUUAACGUGCACUAUAAUGUAAAUAAUUGUUUUUUUUUAAUGUCGCUGUAAAACGGCCACGUUGUUGUGAUCCUUACAACUUAGGGUGCUUUCACACACCUGGUCCCAACCUGGGUGUCUAUAUAUGUGAGGGGGUCUUUGCACUCACUGUAACACUGUCACACUCUUUAAUUGGCAAUGAAAAGGAUCCCAAUGGGAGUUCUUGUCCCUUCAGGCCCAGCGGGCUGCAGACCUCUAAAUAUACGCAGUAUUUAAAGUUCUCCAGUAGCGAGUGUUGCUCAUCUCUCAAAGUAAAACCAUCUGCAUCGUUCAACUUCUUGUGAUAAUUGUGUUGAUGCCACGUGUUUAUUGCUAAUAAACACAACUCCUAUCUGCGGUUUGUGAUGACGGUCGCAGAAAUAAAUAAGCAGGAAGUGAUAAAGCUUUCUCCAAGAGCUGGUGUCAGUCAAGACGACUAAAUGUGUUUGGAGGAUUAAAAAAGCUGAGCGGGCGGGAGAAGGUGAAAGCUUUUGUCAGAGUGCGAGCACACAGCUAUUUCCUGGAGGCGGCGUGAGGUCGAUUGAGCGCCAGAGACGAACUGUGGCUAUAAAAAAAAAAGGAAGUGAGCCUUUGGAAUUACCUGCAUUUAUAUAUAAAUGCCACAUGAAUAUCAUCGAUAUUAAACACUCAGAACAUGAAUUAGCAAACGGUGGAGUGUUUAGUGUUUCACCCUCCUACAUGUUGAAUUAUAAAACACUAACAUUUAAAUAUCCGGCACGUGUUCGGACGUGUGACGGGCGCGGCGCCGGGCGGUGAGGUCAUUCUACAUCAUGAAUGUCGUUUCCUACAGUUACUGUACAUACGUCGCUGUUUCAACAGCGGUGACAUCAGGAAUUUUGGACCAUGGGGAGUGAAUGUUGGCGACUGAAGUUAGUAUUAUUGCUUCAUGUUUAUUUACCGUGUAAUUGAGUUUUAUUACAGGGACUUUAGUUCAUUAACUGAGCAGUAAAAUCAACGCACAGAGGACGACAUCUAGAUACUAACUGAUGUAAAUACUUUGCUUGGUUCUGGGAAUAAAUGUAAAAGUUCCCUUGAUCAUGAAACUCAUCAGUGUUACAUUUGAUGCAUGUUAUGUUUGUUUUUUUAUCAUAAGUUAUUGUUAAUCUAAUGUCUGUAUAUUAAUGUUUUUUUGUUUGUUUUUUUACAACACACUGUAAACAAACAAAUACUGGACUGUAGAUAAUCUCCAUCUCUCACUGUCUGUCAUCUUCAGGUUCUUUAAUAAAAACAUUUGACUGUUUUAAUAUCA